AUAUUUAUGUUUCGAGUCAGCUGACUUCCAUUCACAUGACCACAAUUAGCACAGAACCCUUGUAAAUAUUCAAUGUGAAUAUACGGUGCCACAUUAUAGAAUUUAGGUUACGUUAAUCAGGACGCGUUCACUAUUUGCUGCCACUUGGUGCUCAGCAGGAAAUAAACGUGAUAUUUCACUACUGAGUAGCGUGUUAGCAGUUUGUGAAGAUGGACAAGAUUGCUAAAGAUGUGGGUGAUAUCCAGUCCCGACUGUUAGACCACAGACCCAUCAUCAAUGCAGAGAUCCGCUACUUUGUGAGAGAGUUUGAGGAGAAACGGGGUCACAGGGAGAGUCGGCUGCUGGAGAACCUCAAUAAAAUGGUGCAGGACGCAAAUGAGAAAAUGAUGCCUGAAAAUUUAGAGGACAUGAACCAGCAGCUGUCAGAUGUCAUUGCACGAUUGGAGGCUGCUAAUCACAUGGCAGAGAGAGUCCAGCAGAGGGAGCUAGAAGCACAGCAGAGCACCGAGCUGCAGGCAAACAUGGAGCAUUUGAAAGAUGAGUGGGCAGACUUUCUGAAGGAGCAGCAGAGAUUAAAGGAGGAGGUGGAUGAGGAGCACGCCAAGGCCGUAGGACAGCUCAGCACUCUGUACAGUGAAAAGAAGAAGGAGCUGGCCAAGUUGUCACCCUUCUAAUCAGCUGAUGUUUGUGAGGACUCGAGUGAACAAACGCAGCCUUUCUUAUGACUUGAACACUUGUGUUUAUUGUGGACAUGGAGGCAAUGCACAUGUCUAUGAACGUGUGUUUUUCAUUCCUGCUCUGCAUGUGCAAAAUGAAGCUGUUGGCUUUGAUUGAUGUACUCGGCGCUUGGCAGAAAAAGAGCAUAAAACAUAGAGGUUCUGCUCCUGCACAAGAGUCAACAUUUUCCAAAUCAUAAGUAUGAAAAUGUGAUUAACAAUGUGGCAUUUUCACAGGCCAUCAAAAUCUCAGUUUUUUUGUCUGUAGCACAUGGAAUAUGCUCGGCACGCAAACGGUCUGGAAUAUGUCAUUUUUAAAUAAGCAAUCAUUUGAUUGUUCCUUGGCCGUGAAGUUUUCAACAUUUCAAGAUUUUUAAUGGAUGCCUGCCUGAAGGGUGCUGCUGAUGAUAAAUUUGCAUCAGCCUCAAGUUGAAAGGAGCCUGGAGUUUGGCACCGAAGAAAAGAUAUUCCAUGCAUCGAAAGCAAGAUCAUUUAAUGUUAGAAAAGCCCCCGUGAGCAGGUGUGUUUAAAGCACCAGGUCGAGUGUUGUUGAAACGAGCUCAAACUGAACCGUUUCCAGAGCAAAUCAUCCCUCACCAGCUCCCCUGUGUUUGGAACGUACGACCUCUGACAAUAACUUCAAGUAAACCAACUGUCUGUGAAGUGAGUUUCAUUAUAAAAGGCCUUUGCUGAAACCACUUUAAAUGAUCAGCAGCAGUCACAAAUCUAAUAUUUUUAUUGCUGUUUAAAUAAAAAAAACACAUGCAUCAGA